CAUUGGUUGAGAGUUGCACGGGUGAGUUGCAUGGGUGGAGCAUUGCAUGGAUGCACUGUUGCAUGGUUAGGGCGUUGCAUGGAUGCAGUGUUGUGUGCAUGCAGCGCUGCAGGGAUGAAAUGUUGCAUGGGUGGAGCAUUGCAUGCAUAGGUGGGGUGUUGCAUGGAUGCAGCAGUGCAUGGAUGCAGCAUUGCCAUAGGGUGCCAUUGGGAUUCCCAUAGGGGUGCCAUUGGGUGCCAUUGGGUGAUAUUGGGGUACUCCCUGGGGUGCCAUUGGGGUUCCCCAUUGGAGUGCCCCAUGGCAUUCCCAUUGGGGCACCCAUUGGGAUUUCUAUUGGGGUGCCAUUGGGGUAUAAUCGAUUGGGGUGCCAUAGGGGUGCCAUUGGGGUGCCCUCCGGGGUGUCUUUGGGGUGCCAUUGGGAUUCCCAUUGGGGUGCCAUUGGGGUGUCAUUGAGGUGCCAUUGGCUGUCAUUGGGUGCCAUUGGGAUUCCCAUUGGGGUGCCAUUGGGGUGCCCUCAGGGGUGCCAUUGGGGUUCCCAUUGGGGUGCCCUUGGGAUACCCUCUGGGGUGUCUUUGCGGUGCCCGCUAGGGUGCUAUUGGGGUGCUACUGGGUGUUAUUGGGGUCCCUAUUGGGAUGCCACUGGGGUACCCUUGGGGUGCUACUGGGAUUGCCAUUGGGGUGCCAUUGGGGUGUCAUCGAUUGGGGUGCCACUGGGAUUUCCGUUGGGGUGCCAUUGGGAUUUCCACUGGGGUGCCACUGGGGUUCCCAUUGGGUGCCACUGGGGUAUAAUCAAUUGGGGUACCAUUGGGUGCCAUUGGGGUGUCAUUGGGAUGUCCAUUGGGGUGCCUUUGGGGUAUGAUCAAUUGGGGUCCCCAAUGGGGUGCCUAUUGGGAUUGCCAUUGGGGUGCCAUUAGGACAUCCGUUGUAGGGAUUCCCAUUGGGGUGACAGUAGGGCGCCCAUGGGGUGCUACUGAGGUACUCAUUGGGUGCCAUUGGGGUUCCCAUUGGGGCACCCAUUGGGAUGCCCAUAGAGCAGCCACUAGGAUGCCCACUGGGGUGCCAUUGGGAUUCCCAUUGGGGUGCCAUUGGGGUGUCAUUGAGGUGCCAUUGGCUGUCAUUGGGUGCCAUUGGGAUUCCCAUUGGGGUGCCAUUGGGGUGCCCUCAGGGGUGCCAUUGGGGUUCCCAUUGGGGUGCCCUUGGGAUACCCUCUGCGGUGUCUUUGUGGUGCCCACUGGGGUGCUAUUGGGGUGCUACUGGGUGCUAUUGGGGUCCCUAUUGGGAUGCCACUGGGGUACCCUUGGGGUGCUACUGGGAUUGCCAUUGGGGUGCCACUGGGGUAUCAUCCAUUGGGGUGCCAUUGGGGUGCCAUUGGGUGCCCAUUGGGUGCCCAUUGGGGUGCCAUUGGGAUGUCCAUUGGGGUGCCCCAUGGGAUUCCCACUGGCAUUCCCUUUGGGGCACCCAUUGGGAUUUCCGUUGGGCUGCCAUUGGGGUGUCAUUGAGGUGCCAUUGGCUGUCAUUGGGUGCCAUUGGUGUUCCCAUUGGGCUGCCAUUGGGAUACCCUCUGGGGUGUCUUUGGGGUGCCCACUGGGGUGCCAUUGGGGUUCCCAUUGGGUGCCAUUGGGGUAUAAUGGAUAGGGGUGACAUUGGGUGCCCAUUGGGGUGCCAUUGGGUGCCCAUUGGUGUGCCCCAUGGGAUUCCCACUGGCAUUCCCUUUGGGGCACCCAUUGGGAUUUCCAUUGGGCUGCCAUUGGGGUGUCACUGGGAUGCCAUUAGGAUGGCCAUUGGGUGCCCAUUGGGGUGCCAUUGGGGUGUCACUGGGGUUCCCAUUGUGGUUCCCAUUGAGAUGCCCAGCAGGAUUCCAACCAGGGUGCCAUUGGGGUGCCCUUGGGGUGCUUUUGGGGUUCCCAUGGGGGCAGCCCUUGGGGUGCCUAUUGGGGUGCCCCAUGGGAUUCCCAUUGGGGUGCCCUUGGGAUACCCUCUGGGGUGUCUUUGUGGUGCCCACUGGGGUGCUAUUGGGGUGCUACUGGGUGCUAUUGGGGUCCCUAUUGGGAUGCCACUGGGGUACCCUUGGGGUGCUACUGGGAUUGCCAUUGGGGUGCCAUUGGGAUUUCAACUGGGGUACCCUUGGGGUGCUACUGGGAUUGCCAUUGGGGUGCCACUGGGGUAUCAUCCAUUGGGGGUGCCAUUGGGAUUCCCUCUGUGGUGCCAUUGGGGUGCCCUCAGGGGUGCCAUUGGGGUUCACAUUGGGUGCCAUUGGGGUAUAAUGGAUAGGGGUGACAUUGGGUGCCCAUUGGGGUGCCAUUGGGAUGUCCAUUGGGGUGCCCCAUGGGAUUCCCACUGGCAUUCCCUUUGGGGCACCCAUUGGGAUGUCCAUUGGGGUGCCAUUGGGGUGUCACUGGGGUAUGAUCAAUUGGGGUCCCCAUUGGGGUGCCAUUGGGGUAUAAUUGAUCGGGGUGCCAUUGGGGUGCCUUUGGGAUGCCAUUAGGAUGGCCAUUGGGUGCCCAUUGGGGUGCUAUUGGGGUGCCAUUGGGGUGUCACUGGGGUUCCCAUUGGGGUUCCCAUUGAGAUGCCCAGCAGGAUUCCAACCAGGGUGCCAUUGGGGUGCUCUUGGGGUGCUCUUGGGGUUCCCAUAGGGGCAGCCCUUGGGGUGCCUAUUGGGUGCCACCGGGAUUCCCAUUGGGGUGCCCUUUGGGGUGCCAUUGGUGUACCCUCUGGGGUGUCUUUGUGGUGCCCACUGGGGUGCUAUUGGGGUUUUACUGGGUGCUAUUGGGGUCCCUAUUGGGAUGCCACUGGGGUACCCUUGGGGUGCCCCUGGGAUUGCCAUUGGGGUGCCAUUGGGAUUUCCACUGGGGCACCAUUGGGGUGCCCUCAGGGGUGCCAUUGGGGUUCCCAUUGGGUGCCACUGGGGUAUAAUCAAUUGGGGUGCCAUUGGGGUGUCAUCGAUUGGGGUGCCAUUGGGGUGCCCUCUGGGGUGUCUCUGGGGUGCCCACUGGGGUGCCCAUUGGGUGCCCAUUGGGAUGUCCAUUGGGGUGCCAUUGAGAUGUCCAUUGGGGUGCCCCAUGGGAUUCCCACUGGCAUUCCCUUUGGGGCUCCCAUUGGGGUGCCAUUGGGGUGUCAUUGGGUGCCCAUUGGGGUGUUUUUGGGAUGCCACUGGGGUUCCCUUGGGGUGCCACUGGGGUAUCAUCGAUUGGGGUGCCAUUGGGAUUUCCACUGUGGUGCCAUUGGGGUUCCCAUUGGGUGCCACUGGGGUAUAAUGGAUUGGGGUGCCAUUGGGUGCCAUUGGGAUGUCCAUUUGGGUGCCCCAUGGGAUUCCCACUGGCAUUCCCUUUGGGGCACCCAUUGGGAUUCCCAUUGGGGUACCCUCUGGGGUGUCUUUGUGGUGCCCACUAGGGUGCUAUUGGGGUGCUACUGGGUGCUAUUGGGGUCCCUAUUGGGAUGCCACUGGGGUACCCUUGGGGUGCUACUGGGAUUGCCAUUGGGGUGCCAUUGGGGUAUCAUCCAUUGGGGUGCCAUUGGGAUUCCCACAGGUGUAUCAUUGGGGUGCCACACAGAUGCUUUUGGGGUUCCCAUUGGGGCACCCAUUGGGAUGCCCAUAGAGGUACCACUAGGAUGCCCACUGGGGUGCCAUUGGGAUUCCCAUUAGGGUGGCAUUGAGAUGUCCAUUGGGGUGCCCCAUGGGAUUCCCACUGGCAUUCCCUUUGGGGCACCCAUUGGGAUUUCCAUUGGGGUGCCAUUGGGGUAUAAUCGAUUGGGGUGCCAUAGGGGUGCCAUUGGGUGCCCACUGUGGUGCCCAUUGGGGUGCCAUUGGGAUCCCAUUGGGGUGGCAUUGGGAUACCCUCUGGGGUGUCUUUGGGUCGCCCAUUGGGUGCCCAUUGGGGUGGCAUUGGGAUGUCCAUUGGGGCGCCCCAUGGGAUUCCCACUGGCAUUCCCUUUGGGGCACCCAUUGGGAUUCCCAUUGGGGUGCCAUUGGGGUGUCAUUGAGGUGCCAUUGGCUGUCAUUGGGUGCCAUUGGGAUUCCCAUUGGGGUGCCAUUGGGGUGCCCUCAGGGGUGCCAUUGGGGUUCCCAUUGGGGUGCCCUUGGGAUACCCUCUGCGGUGUCUUUGUGGUGCCCACUGGGGUGCUAUUGGGGUGCUACUGGGUGUUAUUGGGGUCCCUAUUGGGAUGCCACUGGGGUACCCUUGGGGUGCUACUGGGAUUGCCAUUGGGGUGCCACUGGGGUAUCAUCCAUUGGGGUGCCAUUGGGAUCCCAUUGGGUGCCCAUUGGGGUGCCCUCCGGGGUGUCUCUGGGGUGCCCACUGGGGUGCCCAUUGGGUGCCCAUUGGGGUGGCAUUGGGAUGUCCAUUGGGGUGCCCCAUGGGAUUCCCACUGGCAUUCCCUUUGGGGCACCCAUUGGGAUUUCCGUUGGGGUGCCAUUGGGGUGUCAUUGAGGUGCCAUUGGCUGUCAUUGGGUGCCAUUGGGAUUCCCACUCUGGUCCCAUUCGGGUGCCAUUGGGGUGCCUUUGGGGUAUGAUCAAUUGGGGUCCCCACUGGGGUGCCAUUGGGAUUCCCAUUGGGGCGCCACUGGGGUGCCAUUGGGACGCCCAUUGUAGGGAUUCCCAUUGGGGUGACAGUAGGGCGCCCAUGGGGUGCUACUGAGGCACUCACUGGGUGCCACUGGGGUUCCCAUUGGGGCACCCAUUGGGAUGCCCAUAGAGGUGUCACUAGGAUGCCCACUGGGUGCUAUUGGGGUGCCAUUGGGAUUCCCAUUGGGGUGCCAUUGGGAUACCCUCUGGGGUGUCUUUGAGGUGCCCACUGGGGUGCUAUUGGGGUGCUACUGGGUGCUAUUGGGGUCCCUAUUGGGAUGCCACUGGGGUACCCUUGGGGUGCUACUGGGAUUGCCAUUGGGGUGCCACUGGGGUAUCAUCCAUUGGGGUGCCAUUGGGGUGCCAUUGGGUGCCCAUUGGGUGCCCAUUGGGGUGCCAUUGGGAUGUCCAUUGGGGUGCCCCAUGGGAUUCCCACUGGCAUUCCCUUUGGGGCACCCAUUGGGAUUUCCGUUGGGCUGCCAUUGGGGUGUCAUUGAGGUGCCAUUGGCUGUCAUUGGGUGCCAUUGGUGUUCCCAUUGGGCUGCCAUUGGGAUACCCUCUGGGGUGUCUUUGGGGUGCCCACUGGGGUGCCAUUGGGGUUCCCAUUGGGUGCCAUUGGGGUAUAAUGGAUAGGGGUGACAUUGGGUGCCCAUUGGGGUGCCAUUGGGUGCCCAUUGGUGUGCCCCAUGGGAUUCCCACUGGCAUUCCCUUUGGGGCACCCAUUGGGAUUUCCAUUGGGCUGCCAUUGGGGUGUCACUGGGAUGCCAUUAGGAUGGCCAUUGGGUGCCCAUUGGGGUGCCAUUGGGGUGUCACUGGGGUUCCCAUUGUGGUUCCCAUUGAGAUGCCCAGCAGGAUUCCAACCAGGGUGCCAUUGGGGUGCCCUUGGGGUGCUUUUGGGGUUCCCAUGGGGGCAGCCCUUGGGGUGCCUAUUGGGGUGCCCCAUGGGAUUCCCAUUGGGGUGCCCUUGGGAUACCCUCUGGGGUGUCUUUGUGGUGCCCACUGGGGUGCUAUUGGGGUGCUACUGGGUGCUAUUGGGGUCCCUAUUGGGAUGCCACUGGGGUACCCUUGGGGUGCUACUGGGAUUGCCAUUGGGGUGCCAUUGGGAUUUCAACUGGGGUACCCUUGGGGUGCUACUGGGAUUGCCAUUGGGGUGCCACUGGGGUAUCAUCCAUUGGGGUGCCAUUGGGAUUCCCUCUGUGGUGCCAUUGGGGUGCCCUCAGGGGUGCCAUUGGGGUUCACAUUGGGUGCCAUUGGGGUAUAAUGGAUAGGGGUGACAUUGGGUGCCCAUUGGGGUGCCAUUGGGAUGUCCAUUGGGGUGCCCCAUGGGAUUCCCACUGGCAUUCCCUUUGGGGCACCCAUUGGGAUGUCCAUUGGGGUGCCAUUGGGGUGUCACUGGGGUAUGAUCAAUUGGGGUCCCCAUUGGGGUGCCAUUGGGGUAUAAUUGAUCGGGGUGCCAUUGGGGUGCCUUUGGGAUGCCAUUAGGAUGGCCAUUGGGUGCCCAUUGGGGUGCUAUUGGGGUGCCAUUGGGGUGUCACUGGGGUUCCCAUUGGGGUUCCCAUUGAGAUGCCCAGCAGGAUUCCAACCAGGGUGCCAUUGGGGUGCUCUUGGGGUGCUCUUGGGGUUCCCAUAGGGGCAGCCCUUGGGGUGCCUAUUGGGUGCCACCGGGAUUCCCAUUGGGGUGCCCUUUGGGGUGCCAUUGGUGUACCCUCUGGGGUGUCUUUGUGGUGCCCACUGGGGUGCUAUUGGGGUUUUACUGGGUGCUAUUGGGGUCCCUAUUGGGAUGCCACUGGGGUACCCUUGGGGUGCCCCUGGGAUUGCCAUUGGGGUGCCAUUGGGAUUUCCACUGGGGCACCAUUGGGGUGCCCUCAGGGGUGCCAUUGGGGUUCCCAUUGGGUGCCACUGGGGUAUAAUCAAUUGGGGUGCCAUUGGGGUGUCAUCGAUUGGGGUGCCAUUGGGGUGCCCUCUGGGGUGUCUCUGGGGUGCCCACUGGGGUGCCCAUUGGGUGCCCAUUGGGAUGUCCAUUGGGGUGCCAUUGAGAUGUCCAUUGGGGUGCCCCAUGGGAUUCCCACUGGCAUUCCCUUUGGGGCUCCCAUUGGGGUGCCAUUGGGGUGUCAUUGGGUGCCCAUUGGGGUGUUUUUGGGAUGCCACUGGGGUUCCCUUGGGGUGCCACUGGGGUAUCAUCGAUUGGGGUGCCAUUGGGAUUUCCACUGUGGUGCCAUUGGGGUUCCCAUUGGGUGCCACUGGGGUAUAAUGGAUUGGGGUGCCAUUGGGUGCCAUUGGGAUGUCCAUUUGGGUGCCCCAUGGGAUUCCCACUGGCAUUCCCUUUGGGGCACCCAUUGGGAUUCCCAUUGGGGUACCCUCUGGGGUGUCUUUGUGGUGCCCACUAGGGUGCUAUUGGGGUGCUACUGGGUGCUAUUGGGGUCCCUAUUGGGAUGCCACUGGGGUACCCUUGGGGUGCUACUGGGAUUGCCAUUGGGGUGCCAUUGGGGUAUCAUCCAUUGGGGUGCCAUUGGGAUUCCCACAGGUGUAUCAUUGGGGUGCCACACAGAUGCUUUUGGGGUUCCCAUUGGGGCACCCAUUGGGAUGCCCAUAGAGGUACCACUAGGAUGCCCACUGGGGUGCCAUUGGGAUUCCCAUUAGGGUGGCAUUGAGAUGUCCAUUGGGGUGCCCCAUGGGAUUCCCACUGGCAUUCCCUUUGGGGCACCCAUUGGGAUUUCCAUUGGGGUGCCAUUGGGGUAUAAUCGAUUGGGGUGCCAUAGGGGUGCCAUUGGGUGCCCACUGUGGUGCCCAUUGGGGUGCCAUUGGGAUCCCAUUGGGGUGGCAUUGGGAUACCCUCUGGGGUGUCUUUGGGUCGCCCAUUGGGUGCCCAUUGGGGUGCCAUUGGGAUGUCCAUUGGGGCGCCCCAUGGGAUUCCCACUGGCAUUCCCUUUGGGGCACCCAUUGGGAUUCCCAUUGGGGUGUCAUUGAGGUGCCAU